CAGAGCUUUGUUGCGAGCAUAGCAGAGGCCCUCGGAAAGUGAGAUAGAAUCACUGAUAUUAAUUAAUGAUUGAGCCGCUGCUACUCCUCAGCCGAAUGGAUUUUUUUUUGGUACAGCACCUGGAGGUGUAUUUGCUUUAAACAGCCCCUGAGUUCAAUCUCUUGCCCUCUAGUCUAGUGGAAUUUUAUUGGGAGCCAAUCGUAAUGAUCCUGUGCUGUGUAAUAUUUCAGGGGACCUGGCUGCCAAACAGUGAGGUGUUCGGUUUAUCUUAUUGACUCUGCCUUCAAGGGUAUGCUGGAGGGUUGGUUUACAAAUCCUGCUAUUGCUAGAGUUGCUGCCUUGGCAACCGGGAAAUACUCCUAGCAUAGCCACAGUCUCUCAGUUUAGACAAUACACACAACACAAGGCAAGCCAAGGACUCUGCUUAAGCAGCAGCAGCAUAACAAGCCAAUUAUAUUAAUUUUGUAUUCUUUUUUAUUUUAAAUAUUCCUUUUUAAAAAAUGACUUCUCACGGGACGGUGCUCCCGCUAACGAAGAACGUGGUGGUCUACAAAAACGGGGACCCCUUUUUCAACGGGAGGAAGUUUGUGGUGAACCAGAAGCAGUUUGUGACGUACGAAUCCUUUCUGAAUGAGGUGACGGACAACAUUCAAGCCUCCGCGGCCGUGAGGAACCUGUACACACCUCGAGAGGGCCACAGAGUGCACGACCUGAGCGAGCUGCAGAGCGGCUCUCAGUACGUGGCAGCUGGGUUUGAACGCUUCAAGAAGCUUGACUACCUGAAUCCAGGGAGUAAAAAGCCUGCUGUGAUCAAAAAGAGAGAUGGAUUACAGAUGAGGCCCGUGUACAGAGCGAACGUCUCUGCGAAAUGGAGGAAGCACAUCCAUAUGCCAUCUGUAAUCCACGUGUUUCGAAACGGGGACCUGCUCUGCCCCCCUUUCCGAUUAAUCAUCCCCAAGAACAUGCGCCAGGACUGGGAGAAAAUACUCAUCGAGGUCACGGAGAAAGCAAACCUCAGGACUGGGGCUGUUCGCAGGCUGUGCACAGUAGAUGGGGUGACGGUCUCCAGCGAGGAGGAGCUGGUGAGUGGACAGUACUAUGUUGCCGUGGGGACAGAAAAAUUCAAGAAGCUGCCCUACGUUGAACUCCUUGUUCCUAAAGCACCAGCACACAACGGUCUCAGAAACCACCCAGGAAACAGACGCAUUACAAAAGGAAACGAGUAUAGGAAAACUACCAGUGUUCCACAAGAUGGAGUGAGCGAUUCUGCUCUCCUGCAUUCCCCAGAGGAGUCUGACAGCCGGCGAGUGAAGUCGACAGGAGCGGCAGGUGAAGACACCAGCCCCGUCUCUCCCCGAGCCGGGAGAAGGAAACCACAGAAAAACACCGGGGAGGAAGAGCAAUCCCUCUUCUACGCCAAGCCAGUCCGGGUCCGACACUCCAGGAAGAACUCCAAAACCACUCCGCAGGAGACGCAAGAGGAAGACUCAGGGGUGUUUAAAGUGAACCGGGAGAGACGGGAGGUGCAACGAGCUCCCGAAGUGCCUGAAGAUGAGAACAUCAGAGUGGAGCUCCCAGUGGAUCAGAGAGUUGCAGAUACUGUUGAAGAUGAAACGAUAGCAGCGUACGAUCAUGGAGAAGAUGAGAGAGAAGCAAAGAUUCCUGAUGAUGAAGCAGUUCCACUGAACCAUACAGAUCGGGUAGAAGACGGGGAACUCCCCUAUCGGGAAACAAAAAGAAGCCCUAGACCUGAGAAUGGUAGAUCACGUGACUACCACAGUGUGGAGCGGAAUGGAAGGACAAGCCACGCCUCCUCUCACAGGCUGCAAGAGUAAAUGAUUGCUGAGAACUGGAACACAGAGAGGAAUGAUUCUCAGAACAAAUUUAUACUUAAAUAUUGUGUCGUCUACAACACAAUUGGGUCUUUUCAAUUGCUCUAAACAAAUAAUAAUAAAUUAGGAACAAAACCUGUAAUUUUACUUUUUUUUUUAAAGACAAUACACCUAAAGUCCUAUUCUUUUAACAAUUUAAAGAACAGCAGUUUUUUGAUCUGCCAUUCUUAGCACAAUUGAAAAGACCACUGUGUGCCUACCAUGUUACCAUGCCUGCUCCCUGCUAUAUGAAUGCAUGUCCACGUUUACAGUAUUUUAAAUACAAAAAUGUACCUAUAUUGUUUACUGUAUUCAUAUAUCCUCAACAGCCCUAAUUAUUAUUUUUUAAAUAUAUAAUUAUAUUUAUAGAACAUACCCAUGAACCAAAAGGGAAUGUCCUUUUAAACAGAAAGAAAUUAUAUGUAGGCAAAAAUAUUCAUAAAACUUGCAUCUGAUAAUACCAAAUACUAACACCGGAAUGCCACACUCGUCCUGUAGGUGCAUCUCUGGUCUGGAGCAGCAUAAAUGUGUCAGUCUGGUAGCAGUGUGGCGUAGUGGUUAGGGCUCUGGACUCUUGACUGGAGGGUUGUGGGUUCAAUCCCCAGUGGGGGACACUGCUGCUGUACCUUUGAGCAAGGUACUUUACCUAGAUUGCUCCAGUAAAAACCCAGCUGUAUAAAUGGGUAAUUGUAUGUAAAAAAAAAUAAUGUAAUUGUAUGUAAAAAUAAUGUGAUAUCUUGUAACAACUGUAAGUCGCCCUGGAUAAGGGCGUCUGCUAAGAAAUAAAUAAUAAUAAUAAAUAUAGUGAUGUAUAUUACUGUAUAUGGAAAAUACUAGAUUAGUUUAAUAUAAUGUAAGAACAUGAUUAGUUGUAAUGUAUUUGAUUUACUUUUAUUAGUAAAAAUUCACCAAUGUACAAAAUAUUUUUAAACCUUUAUAAUCCUCUUAAGUCAGUGUUU